AUGGCUACUGCAGCUGUUUCAACACCCGUCAAGUCCCACACUGGACUCUUUUCUUCUCGUACCGCUGGCGGACGCAUGCCUCUCACCCCGUCCCCUCGGCAACGAACCUCCACGGCAGUCGACUCCUCCCCCUUCACCCCCGAUAAGCAAUCCAAGUCCAUCUACAAUGGCAAUCUUGCGUCUCACUUUGCGAGGUCCAGCACCCAUCGCGACUCGCCCAAGUCCAACAUCGCCAGGGGAGUGAGCACUCCUCGCAAGGCUCUCGAGCUCGGCGUGUCUGAUUUCGCCCUGACCGGAACCGGACUCGCCAAAACCCCUUCUAGUGCUAAGUCCAAGAAGGGAAGCCUAAGGCACAAGGCGAACAAGACGACCUUGACCUAUGCUGCCGACAGGUUCAUUCCCAACCGCGGUGCCAGCUCGGCGAUCGCCAACGUUGGUUCUAGCAAACUUGACUUCGGCGAGAACAAGAGGCCCAAGAGCAACGGCAACGAGGGUUCAUCCGUCCUUGCUUCUGCCACAGAUGAUGCCAUCUCUGCCCUAGAGGGCCUAUCCCUCAACGAUGAUGAGACCACCAGCUACUCUCGUCCUUCUCCCAACACUGUUGCCUACCAAGACUCCCUCGCCAACGCAUGCGGUGUGAACCUCAAUACCCGUAUCCUCCAGUUCAAGCCAGCCCCCCCCGAGUCCUCUAAGCCCAUUGACCUUCGCCAGCAGUACAACCGCCCUCUUAAGCCUGCCAAUAGCUCUGCUCAGCUAAGGAGGCGCAUUGCCACUGCUCCCGAGCGUGUCCUUGACGCUCCUGGUCUUAUUGACGACUACUACCUCAAUCUCCUUGACUGGAGCUCGGGCAACCAGGUUGCCAUUGGUCUUGAACGCAACGUCUACGUUUGGUCGGCCGAUGAGGGUAAUGUUAGCUGCCUCCUUGAAACCAGCCCUGAUACCUAUAUUAGCAGCGUCAAGUGGUCCGGUGAUGGAGCUUAUGUUGGCGUUGGUCUUGGAACCGGUGAGGUCCAGAUCUGGGAUGUCGCCGAGGGUAUCAAGGUCCGAAGCAUGUUUGGCCACGACACCCGUGUAGGCGUCAUGGGCUGGAACAAGCACAUCCUUUCCACUGGUGCCCGCAGUGGUCUUGUUUUCAACCACGACGUCCGCAUUGCCGAGCACAAGGUUGCUGAGCUUGUUUCCCACACCUCCGAGGUCUGCGGCCUCGAGUGGAGGUCCGAUGGUGCUCAGCUCGCUACUGGCGGCAACGACAACCUCGUCUCCAUCUGGGAUGCUCGAUCCUUGGCUGUGCCCAAGUUCACCAAGACCAACCACAAGGCUGCCGUCAAGGCUCUGGCGUGGUGCCCCUGGAACAUGAACCUCCUUGCCACCGGCGGCGGUUCAUACGAUCGCCACAUUCACUUCUGGAACUCGACCUCGGGUGCCCGCGUCAACAGCAUCGACACUGGCUCGCAAGUUACUAGCCUCCGAUGGAGCCCCCAUUAUAGGGAGAUUGUCAGCUCGAGCGGCUUCCCCGACAACUCCCUCAGCAUCUGGAGCUACCCCACCCUGGUCCGCAAUGUCGAGAUCCCCGCUCACGAGAGCCGAGUCCUUCACAGCUGCCUCAGCCCUGACGGCCAGAUGCUCGCCACUGCCGCUGCCGACGAGAGCUUGAAGUUCUGGAAGAUUUUCGAGAAGAAGGCCGGCGCCUCCUCCAGCUCUUCCUCCAGCGGAUCCAGUGGCAAGGGCGAGAUGACCAAGCAAAUGUCCAUCCGAUAA